GCCUUCUAAACCUAUAUAUAUUUUUCAAUAUACACUUUGAAUUUUGUAUCUUUUAAAAAGUCAACAACACAGGAUGGAUGCCAACGUUUUGCGCGCCGAGCGCACGCUUACUCACCUGUCAACCAUUUACUUGGCCAACACCGACGCCGUAACGGCCAAUAUUGCGCUGGUCGUCGACACGAUCCUCGCACAAAACCUGUUUGCUUACUUGGGCAAACCAGGCAUCACCAUGGAGAUUGCAAACAAGUACACAGUGGCGGUGAACAAGUGGGUGCAACGUAUCAAUUCCAUGACCAGGGAAGCAAAGAAAAGCUCGGAGACCCGAUUUGCCGGCGCCCUACUGAUGAAGCACACAGCGCUGCAGUCGCCGCUGCUGCUGCUCGACAACGCGACCGAAUGGACCAGUAACUUGCUCAACAUUAUCAGCAAAACACAGAUCACCCCCGUGUACCAGGCGUCCUUGCAGACGCUGCUGGUGUUUAUGGAUAUUGUGCGCGAAGUGCCAGCACUGCACCGCGAUAUUGCCAGCGCGAAGGUGCCGCAAAUGAAUCUGACGAUCUUGGAUCUGGCAGAGAAGAAUCCGGAUCUGGUUGACACUGUGCUGGAAAUACUCAUGUGCUCAGCCAGCUGGUUCCCCACACUGUUCCGCCCAUCGAUCGACAAGACCGAGGCGCUGUGCCUGAGAAUUCUUAGCGGCGCUAUGUCCAGACCGAACCCGCAGACGUGCACGCUGGCCGCUCAGUGUCUGGCGUCCUUGAGCACAGCUGGCGGCAAGAUGACUGUCGAGGAGCGCUGGUACGACUACGCGAGGAAAGCCAUGGGCACAAUUGAGUCAUGCAUUGACCACUUAAUGUUCAACAACGCCAUGCAGGCUGACUCCAAAGUCUGCCAGUCGCGCUUCCAGCUGCCGCCAUUUGCCGACAACUUUACCGUAUCGAUCCCGCAGGCGGUUGACCGGAUUACGUCCAUGUCAGACCUGCUUAUUGCGCUGCUUACGCGCCCGUUUGGCGUUGACCUUCCGAUUCCCGCCGACGCACUGGUUGCUCUUGCGUCGAAGCUAGCACUGGUCCCUAUGCGUGUAGCCAACAGCAAGUCCAGCCGCACCGAGUUCAGUUUGAUCCCUAUGCUGACCCCUGAGAUCCAACGUGCCUCUAUCCGCAUUCUGGCCACAAUGUCCAUGGCCCUGGGUAACUACAUGCUGCCAUAUCUGUCGGGAGUUGCACGCACCGUGGCAGUCAUCAACAACAGGCAGAUUGCCAGCCCCGCAACCCAGGUGGCUCUGUACAAGCUGAUCCAGCUGUACGUCGAGGCAUAUGACUAUGGCUUUGUGGAAUUCCUGCCUAAGGAGGUGCUGGAGCUGGCUAUCAGCGAUAUUAGCGUGCAGAGCAAACGACAGACGACUGCCAUCACUGCCACGUCUCAGGCGUCUGCCCUGAGCUCGUCGGGAUCGAGGAAACGCGGCGGAAAUGGCCGGGCUCGUACCCUCGAGGGACUAAUGACCGACGACGACAUUCAGGCAUCACUGGUUCACUGGACGGAUGUUGUUCUUGCGGCGCUCGAAACCAUUAUGGCGCUGUUCCGCCACACCCCGACGGCCAUCAGCUCGACUAUGCGCACGCAGCUGGAUGGACAGAUCCUAACCCUACUGAUGCUCGACAUGGUCGGCAGCUACGAGUCGCCCUUCGCCUGCCGCCAGACGGACACUCCGUACAAGGUGGCACUGUACAAGUGUCUUCAGGCGUCUGUUGUCUCGCCCGAUCCUUGGCAUAGGGCCAUUUUGCCCCACGCAUUGACGACAUUCACUGCCGGACUGGCAGACUCAUCGCCGGAAGUCCGCAGUAUCUGCGCACAGGCGCUGGACGUGAUUGAGCUUAUGAUGCAUGCGCGACUGCCUGCUCAGCUCCGGGCUCCAGAUUCCGAGAAAAACGUUGAGGCUGAGGGCCUAAUUGCCGGGUCAAUCUUCAGCGACGAGGCCACUAUCGACGCGGCAUUGACAGGCAUGCUAAUCAGCGAAGAUGCCGAUUCUGUGGAAUCUGAGACCAAGAGAUUCAAGCAGAGUAGUGCACCCAAAUCGCAUGCUGCCACAGCGGUUGAAAACACACCCGCCGCAGUACAUGUUGAUUUUUCUGCCGCAUCCUCUGUUGAGGCAGUGGAGCCUGAAGCACCCGCCUUCUCUUUUGCCCCAUUUUCGCCUCAGACCGCACUGUCUGCUGACAUGCCGACAGCACCUGCAGUGGCGCCCGCAUCGACAUUUACACCCAAGCCGACAGUAACGCCGAUUACGCCCAGGCCAGCGCCUGCGCAAACCAAGCAGGCGCUCAAAAAGCCAGCCGCGCCUGUCGACGAGGGCGACGAUAAUGACAACGUGAUCCCUGACAUUGUCAUGGAGGGAUCCGAUUCGGAGGAUGACGAGGAGUUAUAAAUGUGU